AUGGAUGACGCGCCCGUGCCCAAGCUCGCGGAGCUGCUGCGACACCCCGACGACCUCGACAAGAUCCCCGGGCUCAAGCAGGAAUUCGCGCGCAAAAAGGGCGCCGUCGACGGGCAGCUGCGCGGGGGCCUGCGCGAGCAGCUCGAGCGGACGCAGUCGGGCAUGGCCGGCCUCGCCGACGGCCAGCGCACCGUGCAGCUCAUCAAGGACGAGAUGAUGCAGAUUGACCGGCUGUGCUCCGAGUCGCAGACCAUGAUUCACGACUUUGCCAGCAUCAACCUCGUCUCGCAGGCGCACCGCAACUUUGCCGCCGUCGAGACGAUGCGCCGCAACCUCGAGACGUUUGACGGCCGCCUCGACGUGGUCGAGGGCAUGCUGCGCCAGGACGACGACGACAAGGAAAACAUGCCCAACCUGCUGCCGUGCCACUACGAGCUCACGCAGCUGCGCAACAUUCGCGACGACGCCAUGGAGCAGAUUCAGCGCGCCGACGACGCGAGCCUCGAGGCCACGCUCGAGGACUACUUUGCCCGCCUCGACGACGUGGUCGACUGGUUCGACGAGCACGUCGGCCUGAUUGCCAUGAACCUCAUCAAUCUCGUCCUCAACGACAACAACGGCCUCGUCGUCCGCUUCGCCGUCAUCAUGGAGGCCGAGGAGCGCAGCGACCGCCGCGUGCUCGCCCUGCAGGACGCUCUCAAGGACCACAAGGAAAUCGCCGUCCGCUUCCAGGGCAUCGCCGACGGCGGCGCCAAAAAGGUCCGCGGCUACAAGGCCAAGUUUCUCGAGGCCAUCAAGCUCGGCGCCGAGCAGCAGUUUGACGCCGCCCGCGAAGAGUUCCUCGACGACCCGAAGCGCCUCGAAAAAAUCAUGGCCUGGUUCUUCAACGACCUCAACGCCGUCCGCGUCGGCAUGACGCCGCUCAUGCCGAAGAAAUGGAACAUUGGCAAGCUCUACGCCGACAGCUACCACGCGCUCAUGCACGACUUUCUCGUCGGCAUGGUCGACGACCCCGAGGCCUCGUCGGCGCACACGCUCGAAAUCAUUAGUUUUCCCGAAAAGUACUACCGAAAAAUGGCCAAGAUGGGCUACGCGCAGGCGGACCUCGCGCCGCACGUCAUUGACAACCGCGAGGCCGAGCUGGUGCGCGACUUUCGGCAGCUCAUUAUCCGCUUCCUCGACGAGUGGAUCGAGCGCAUCUUUGCGCAAGAGGCGCGCGACUUUGCCGAGCGCAGCAGCAGCGGCGGCGGCGAAGGGUCCUCCAACCUCGACCAGGACGAGUACGGCUACUUUCGCACCAAGAACCUGGUCGCGCUAUGGCGCAUGCUGCGCGAGCAAGUCGACGCGGCCGCCACGUCGCAGCGGGCCGACGUGGUCGAGGGCGUCAUCGACGCCAUGUUUGCGCGCCUGCGCGCCCGCCAGAAGCAGCAGCAGCGCAUGCUCGAGGACGAGGCCCUGCGCUACGAGACGGUGGCGGGCAAGGCCGUCGACGACCUCGAGGGCUUCCAGGCGCUGCAGGACUGGCUCGUCGCCACGGCAAACGACCAGAUUGCGUGCAUCGACGACGGCGACGACGAGACGCGCCUCGGCUACCUCUCGAGCUUCCGCCAAAAAUUCGAACCCCACGUCACCCCGCAGUACCUCGAGCGCGUCGAGCAGGAGCUCGCCGCCCUGCGCGACGGCUACGUCGACUGCAGCACCUGGUGCAUCAACAAAUUUGCGCAGCUCGUCUUUGCCGUCGACUUCAAGUCCGUCAUGCCCGACUUCUUCACCCCGCGCUGGUACGCCGCCACCGCCAUGAAGCAAAUGGUCGUCACCCUCGACGAGUACGUGGGCGACUACCGCGCCGUCCUGCACCACUCCCUCGUCGACAUCUUUAUUGAAAUCUUUGCCGACGAGCUGCUCGUCCGCUACCUGUCGAGCGUCCGCAACAAGGGCGCCAAGUUUCGCCGCGCCGACCCCUUUCGCGACAAGCUCUUCAACGACAUUGCCACUGCGUUUGAGUAUUUCGGGACCCUGGACAACCCCGACGUCGCCGCCUCCAUCAAGCAGACCUGGCGCGUCACCGAGGGCUUCCUCGCCCUGCUGUCCGCCGACCGCGCCGCCGUGCCCGACGAGUUUGCGGCGUUCAAGGCCGCGUACUGGGACACGCAGAUUAGCUGGGUCGAGGCGGUGCUGCGUAGUAGGGACGACUUUGAGCGCGCCAUGCUAAACGCCGUCAAGGCUCGCGCCGCGCAGAUCGAGGUCGUGCGCGGGCCAGAGACCAUCAUGGCCAAGGUUAAAUAA